AUGGGACAGCUGAUGCGCCUUGAUGACAACGGCUCUUGGCAGCAGCAGUGUUUCAGAUUCAAAAACUCUGCUACACAUUCUCAUGACGAGAAGAAGAAACAUAUACGACUGUGGUGGAAGAUUGACGAGGACAGCAGGACCGUACAGUUUGUAGCUACCGUAGUUAGACAUCAGACGAUGUUCUGGGUGAAAUCCGUGCUAUCGCCACCGAUUCCGCCGUGUCGAGUGUCGAAGAACGGUAUUGAGAACUACCAGAAACCGCUGCCGACUCCGCCACCACCAGUGAAGCAAUUCAAAAUGGACACCAACAGAGUAUUCGGUGGCGACCGUAUUCCAGCCCUACCAGCAGCGACCGCGGCUCCACCUCCACCUCCACCGCCAGCACCAGUACCGGUACCAGUGGCGCUCGCGUCAAAAUUUGCCAUUCUGGCAUCGCCCACAGUUGGAAUAUUAAGUGCUAAGAUAACAAAACAC